AUGGGAGAAGCCUCUCGCACCACCGCCUCGACGGCCGCCGUCGACGAGCAUCUUCUGAAGAGCUUCUUCGCCGAAGUUAGCGAAGUCGAAAGGGAUAACGAAGUCCUCAGGAUCCUUUCUUGCUUCAAGUUAAAUCCAUUUGAGCAUCUAAACUUAUCAUUUGAUUCCUCUCCAGAUGAUGUGAAAAAGCAGUAUCGUAAGCUAUCUUUACUGGUUCAUCCUGACAAAUGCAAGCAUCCGAAGGCCCAAGAAGCUUUUGGUGCAUUGGCCAAAGCCCAAGAGCUAUUACUUGAUCAGCAGGAAAGAGAUUAUGUUCUCACCCAGGUACAAGCAGCCAAAGACGAACUUCGAGCGAAGAGGAGAAAGCAGAUGAAGAAAGAUGCUGCCAGCAAAGCAAAGUCGUUAGUCGAUGAGGGGAAAUACGAACAAGAAUUUGAGAGGUCAGAUGAGUUCCAGCAGCAGCUAAAACUGAAAGUUCGGGAAAUAUUGACGGACCAGGAGUGGAGGCGGCGAAAAAUGCAGAUGAGGAUAUCAGAAGAAGAAGGGAGAGUGAAGAAAGACGAGGAAGAGCAAAGAGAGAUGUGGAAGAGGAAACGAGAGCACGAGGAGCAAUGGGAAGGAACUAGAGAAAAAAGGGUGUCGAGCUGGAGAGAUUUCAUGAAGACGGGGAAAAAGGGUAAGAAGGGAGAGAUUCGCCCACCAAAGCUGAAGACAGAGGAUCCCAACAAAUCGUAUGUUCAGAGACCGGUGAAGAAAGGCUGA